UUUCUUUUUCUUUUCAAACUUAUAAGGAUUAACUCAAUCGUGAUGGCAGCAGUGUCGCAUCAAAACCUAAUAAAGUGCGAAGGGGAGUAAAGAUUUCUCUCCUAUCUGCAUUUCAUCUCCUCCAUGGCUUUCGCUCAGUACACCUUCAAAUUUCCCAACAUAAUAUGCUCUUUCAAGCCCAAGAAACCACGUCCCCACACCUCCAAAUCACAUAUAAUCCCCGCAAGAGACAGUGUAAUAGACUUCGGAAAGUACAAGGGCAAGAUGCUUGGCGCCCUCCCCUCAACCUACCUCAAAUGGGUUUCCAAGAACCUUCGUGCGGGCGACUUCGAGCACUGGGCAAAGUUAGCAGACCAAGUUCUUGAAGACCCAGUUUAUCAGGACAGAUUGGAGUGGGAAUUUGCAGAUAGCGUCUUGAAUGGAAACAAAGAUGCCCCUUUUUUUAGAAAGGAUAGUGCAGUUCCUCUGUUGUUGGAGAUAAGUGAGAGGUUUGGUUGGGACAAUGAUGAUAAAGUUGGGUGGAGUAAAUUGAACUUUGAGCUCUUGGGCACUAGUAAAGGCGGCAGAAUACCAAGAACCGUGUCAUCUUCUUUUAGCACUGUUAAAGAAAUGAAAGAUCUGGGAGCGGAGAAGGAAGAGAAAGAUAGGAUUUUAUCAGAGACUGAAAUCAGAAGAAAGGAGAGAAGAGAGAGAGCCAGGCUCAGGUCCACGGACGACAGGAAAAAGGAGAAGCUGGGGAUUAUAAGGAGGAACAAGGAUGGUUUCGUAAAUGGGGUAGAUGGAACAGAACGAUGGAGUGAUGAUCAAGAGCGGACGGCAGAGAUUAAUAAUCCAUUUCCUGGACGUGAUGCCCUCUUGAAGAAGGUGCUCCACAAUAAACAAUUCUUGUAAUUUUUUUUUUCUUUUUUCGACUAUUUUUAAGAAAUUUCUUUUUAAAUAUAUUUGUUAACAACAUUAAAAUUAAAUUUAAUAUAUUUCAUUAUAAAAAA